AUGUCGGGGUUCGGUGAUGGGUACGUGGGGACGGCGCAGGACGCGGUGAAGAUCCGGCGGCUGGAGAAGCAGCGCGAGGCGGAGCGCCGCAAGAUCGAGGAGCUCAAGAACAAGUCCGAGGACGGGCAGCCCGGCCUCCUCCAGUUCGGCUCCAGCACCUCCGAGAUUCUUGAGACUGCAUUUAAGAAGGAAACUGUUGGUCUCGUCACCAGGGAGCAGUAUGUCGAGAAGAGGGUUAACAUUCGAACCAAGAUCGAGGAGGAAGAGAAAGAGAAACUUCAAAAGCUACAACAAGAAGAAGAAGAAUUGCAAAUGCAGAAAAGGAAAAAGAGGAGAGUGAAGGGUGAUCCACGCUUAUCUUUCUGUGAUGACAUUGAGAAUGGAAGUGAUGAAGAUGAUUUUGAGAAACAAGAAACCAAGAAAAAUGGCCCUGUCAAACUUGGAAAGGAUCCAACUGUCGAGACAAGUUUUCUACCCGAUAGAGAAAGGGAGGCGGAGGAACAAGCAGAACGAGAACGACUGAAGAAGCAGUGGUUGCAUGAACAGGAAUUGAUCAAAAAUGAACCUCUUUCAAUUACUUACAGUUACUGGGAUGGGACUGGGCACAGGAGAGUUAUCCAGGUCCGUAAAGGUGACUCCAUUGGAGAAUUCCUAAGGGCUAUUCAACAGCAGCUUGCCCCUGAAUUCCGUGAAGUACGGACAACUUCAGUUGAGAAUCUACUUUAUGUGAAGGAAGAUCUUAUCAUCCCUCAUCAACACAGCUUUUAUGAAUUAAUUAUCAACAAAGCGAGGGGCAAGAGUGGACCGCUUUUCCAUUUUGACGUUCAUGAGGAUGUUCGUACCAUUGCCGAUGCAACAAAAGAAAAGGAUGAGUCUCACGCGGGGAAGGUUGUAGAGAGGCAUUGGUACGAGAAAAAUAAGCAUAUAUUCCCAGCUUCAAGAUGGGAGAUCUAUGACCCAACAAAAAAGUGGGAACGCUACACAAUCCAUGGGGAUUAG